CCUGAUGCUGACGAGGCAGAGAAGAGUCUCUCCAGAUCAGAACACCAGAUGGACAACGCUAGCCCUUCCUACCUCCCGGAGUCCCCGUUGCGUGCCUCUCCCGGUAGCAACUUACUGCUGGGUAGGAAGAGGUUGUCUGUGCUGCUGGUGGACUGCAGGAAAACAACAGGGCUGAGUGGAACUUUGAGAGGAGGAGAAGAGAAGAAAGGAUCAGAUUUAACUCAUCAAAGAGGAAAACCAAACUUGAACGAACCAAAGACGUCCAAACCAGCAAGUCAACACCUCUGCUCCCAGAUUGGAAAGAGUUUUACCAAGUCAGGAAGCCUGAAGAUACAUGAGGGAAUACACACAGGGCAGAAGCCCUUCCUUUGCUCCCAGUGUGGGAAGAGUUUUAAGCGGUUAGACACCCUCAAAGCUCAUGAGCGUAUACACACAGGGGAGAAGCCUUUCCAUUGCUCCCAGUGUGAGAAGAGUUUUAAGCGGUUAGACACCCUCAAAGCUCAUGAGUGUAUACACACAGGGGAGAAGCCUUACAAAUGCUCAGACUGUGGGAUGGCAUUUUACUCAUCACACUCACUUAAAAGUCACGUGAGAAUUCACACAGGGGAGAAGCCUUUCCAUUGCUCUCAGUGUGAGAAGAGUUUUAAGCGGUUAGACACCCUCAAAGCUCAUGAGCGUAUACACACAGGGGAGAAGCCUUUCCAUUGCUCCCAGUGUGAGAAUAGUUUUAAGCGGUUAGACGCCCUCAAAGCUCAUGAGCGUAUACACACAGUGGAGAAGCCUUUCCAUUGCUCCCAAUGUGAGAAAAGUUUUAAGCGGUUACUCACCCUCAAAGCUCAUGAGCGUAUACACACAGGGGAGAAGCCUUACAAAUGCUCAGACUGUGGGAAGAUAUAUUACUCAUCACACUCACUUAAAAGUCAUAUGAGAAUUCACACAGGGGAGAAGCCUUACCUCUGCUCCCUAUGUGGAAAGAGUUUUAGUCACUUUGGAAACAUGAAAGCUCAUGAGCGAAUACACACAGGGGAGAAGCCUUACCACUGCUCCCAGUGUGGAAAGAGUUUUAACUAUUCAGGAAACCUAAAAGAGCACAUGAGACUGCACACAGGGGAGAAGCCUUACAAAUGCUCAGACUGUGGGAAGACCUAUUACUCUUCACAGUCACUUAAAAUUCAUGUGAGAAUCCACACAGGGGAGAAGCCUUACCACUGCUCCCAGUGUGGAAAUAGUUUUAGUCACUUAGGAACCCUGAAAGUUCACCAGCGACUACACACAGGGGAGAAGCCUUACCACUGCUCCCAGUGUGGAAAGAGUUUUGGCCAAGUAGGAACCCUGAAAGCUCAUGAGCGAAUACACACAGGAGAGAAGCCUUACCACUGCUCCCAGUGUGGAAAGCGUUUUAACCAUUCGGGAAAGCUGAAAAAGCACGUGAGAAUUCACACAGGAGAGAAUAAUUACUUCUCCUUGACUUCUUAAAAUGCAUCAGAGAACAUACACAGUGCUCCCAGUGUCUUUAAUUGUUGACUGAGAAGGUGUUUUCUUGUUUAUACCAUAUGAAUUUAAAUUGUACAAUGUAUACAAAAAAAUAUAUUUGUGUGUUUUUAUUAGAAAACAUGAAUUGAAUAUGGAGUACAGUGGUUCGUCCUUUAAAAGUUGCAGCGUACUGCAACACAGCUUGCAUGGUGCCACAGAAUUCUAUGGCAUGUAAUUUACGUGUCAACCACUGUCACCAAUAAUGCUAGUAAGUGCUAGUUUGACCACCAGAGGGCAUCUUUAAUCCAGCCACAGUGUCUGAUUUAAAAAAUGCUUUACAGCGAAAGCUCCACAAACGAUUAUGUUAGGUCGCCACCAACUCACAGAAAAACCCAGCCAUUUUUCCAGCCAAAGAGAGGAGCCACAAAAAGCACAGAUAGAGAUAAAAAUGAAUCACUAACCUUUGAUGAUUUUCAUCAGAUGACACUCAUAGGACUUUAUGUUACACAAUAUAUGUAUGUUUUGUUUGAUAAAGUUCAUAUUUAUAAAAAAAAAUCUAAUUUGACAUUCAGUAGUUCCAAAAUGCGGUGAUUGUGCAGAGAGACACAUAAAUUCACAGUAAUACUCAUUAUAAAUGUUGAUGAAAAUACAAGUGUUAUGCAUGGAACUUUAGAUACACUUCUUCUUAAUGCAACCGCUGUGUCAGAUUUCAAAAAAACUUGACGGAAAAAGCAUAAUCUGAGAACGGCGCUCAGAGCCCAAACCAGCCAGAGAAAUAUCCGCCAUGUUGGGUAGUCAACAUUAGUCAUAAAUAGCAUUAUAAAUAUUCACUUACCUUUGAUGAUCAGUUCCACAAUAAAUGCUUGUUUUGUUUGAUAAUGUCCAUCAUUUAUGUCCAUUUAUGUCCAAAUAGCUUCUUUUCUUGGGGCGUUUGGUUAACAAAUCCAGUCGGACGAAAAGUUCAAAAAGUUAUAUUACAGGUCGAAGAAACUUGUCAAACUAAGUACAGAAUCAAUCUUUAGGAUGUUUUUAUCAUAAAUGUUCAAUAAUGUUCCAACCGGAGAAUUCCAUUGUCUGUAGAAAAGCAAUGGAACGAGAGAUACCUCUCAUGUGAAUGCGCGUGACUGAGAACGAGGCUGCUGCCAGACCCCUUAGUCAAACAGCUCUCAUCCGGCUUCACAUGAGAAGCCUGAAACAACAUUCUAAAGGCGGUUGACAUCUAGUGGAAGCCUUAGGAAGUGCAAAAUAACCCAUAGUCCGCACAAACAUGAUCAGAUUUCCCACUUCCUGGUUGGAUUUUUCUUAGGUUUUUGCCUGCCAUAUGAGUUCUGUUAUACUCACUCAAACAGUUUUAGAAACAUCAGAGUGUUUUCUAUCCAAUACUAAUAAUAAUAUGCAUAUAUUAGCAUCUGGGACUAAGUAGGAGGCAGUUCACUCUGGGCACUCUUUUCACUCUAUUCAUCCAAAAAUGAAAAUGCUGCCCCCUAUCCCAAGAAGUUCAUAUUAUGGUGUUUAUAUUACAAAGAAAACUAAAAACCCUCUGGGUUUCCGUCAGGAUGGAAAAUAUGGCCCUGUACAAUGUGACGGUCUGGAGUAGGCUACAGUACUGGGCUAUUUAGCUAAAGAAUCCCCGUGUCGUGCUGGCACACCGGAGAACGAGGUUCAAUUCCCAGACGGGGAGGAAGGAGUAGGCUGUCCUUGUAAAUAAGAAUUUGUUCUUAACUGACUUGCCUAGUUAAAUAAAGGUUACACUAAGAACAUAACAUUUCUACACCAUAAUUGUAUAAUUGUAGUCUAACCAAUACCCAAACGGAGUAAACAAUCUAAUUCAUUUAUCAAGACCAGUCCCCAUGCUUGUCUCAGAGCAGCGCGAAACAGUGAUCAAAUAGUUGGAGGCUUUUGCUUCAAAUCCUAUUGGUUCUAAUCCUAUUGCUUCUAGCUUCAAUAUGCUCUUUAAAUAAAUAAGACCUCCACCCCUUUAAACAGCACAUUACUCAACACUAGUGAGACUCAUGUCAGUAAAUUGAAAAAUAUGACCUGACUCUCCACCAAUAAUUACAUAUAGAGGAUUCUAAAUUAAAACCAAAAGCCGCCGCAUUGGUCUCCCAGUGACGGACGGCGCGGGUAUCGAACCUGCAUCAGAGAGGUGUUGGUGAAGGUAUAUUGUCCUGAUAAUAGCACAUAAUGGGCUAUUAAAAUACUGUACGUGGUGUCCAGGUCAGGAUAACCAAACAUUUCUUUAUUAAAGACUAUCAGAAAGAAUGUUGGUACUUAUUUAUUUUGAUCCAAAGCCAUGAAUAAGUGAGUCACUCAGCUAUAUGUAGAUGCCCGGCUAUAUGACUGUGCCAUCAACUUGAUAGGAUAUAACGCUAUUUUGGAGGUUAUUUCAUUUUCAAAAAACAAAAGUGAGUGAUUGUAAUCUGAAUAAAGGCCAAAAUAAUAUUUAUGAAGGCCAAAACAUGUAUUUUUGUUUUUAGAGGGAGAGAAACGCUGGGCCAGUUGUGCUCCGCCCUGUGGGACUCCCAAUCACAGUCAGAUGUGAUACAUAAUAAUACAUUUUGCUAUAUUAUUUGUUUGGUCUUUUCUGGUGGAUUAAACUGAAAUUUCGACCAAUCACGGCCGGUUGUGAUACAGCCAAGAAAUACAUUUGAUGAUAGAAUUCUCCCCCUAUCCUCCUUCUAGGCAAGUCUAUUGUCCAGCUUCUUGCUAAUAGCCAUAAUGGCGCUGUACGACAUGACCGUGUGUGUUUUGAAAGAGUGUUUUCCAUUUAGCAACAAUUUGUUUACCUUCAUUAGACAACUUUGUUCCAAUAUUUCUGUCAUUCAGUGAUAUUUAUUCCCAUAGUAAUUUGUUAUGGAUCCAUAACUAAAUAAACAUCUGCA